AUGCCAGGCAGAGCAUCGACCGUCACUUCGUUAUAUUCAGAUGAUCAAACUGAAGUACCACCUCUCACAUCACCCAUCUCAAAGGAUAAUUUCGAUUACGAUAGAUACGAUAACCAGCAAAAUCAAUAUGGAGGAGAAGGCGGUGUCAAGGAAGGUAGAUUGAUAGAUUACGAUCUUCCAACACCAAUAGCAAACCCAAAAGGCAAAGACAAAGACUCGAAGAUGGAUUUGGCUCCAGGUGAUAAGCUAAGAGAAUUAUUGAAUAUCAUGAAGAAAGAAAUUGAAUCUACGAAAACACCCAUACAUAUCAGCGAUCAAGUGGGAUCUGGAACAAGUCAAAGGCCGAAUAAUCAAGAUCACAUGAGCUCGAGAGAAUCUUCUCCUGACAGAAAGAACAGAGACAGCGGUAUAGCUUACGAAGAAGAAGAAGAAGAAGAGGAGGAGGAAAGUCCGCCUACUCCACCACCAAGAAUCGGUAAUCCGUAUGCUGCAAGAAGGGGUGAAAGAAGGGAAUCUCCGAAUCUGUCGCAGCCUGGUCGAUUGCCUUCUCGAGCAGCGGUCUUACUAAACAGUACUUCACGAUCACCUCCGUCUCCUGUACUUGAAGCGGAAGCCAAGAGCCCUCCAACUCGAUUAGAAGCUUUCCUAGCGUCCACUUCAUCCAUGCCGCCGACCCAAUACGCUGAAAGCUCUUCUGCAGCGCGAUAUCAUAAUCCAUUGUCUCACUCCCAAUCCAGGCGAGAUUCUGUCUCAAGCACAAGUUCAUCUAGAAAAGGCAAAGAUCGAGCCUUCUCGCCCAUACAGGUAACUACACAAGAGCAAGAAUAUACCAGUGCCAACCCUAGGCGUAAUCGAUUUCGUCAAACCACACCUACACCUAUCGAAACAUCUUCAUCAGCUGAAAAUAUGAGAGGCCAUACACCUAUUACGCCAAGACGACUCAGUGUAGAUCUGGCUCCGGAUGACAUAAGCUCUUUUGCAAGAAAUGCGGUAGAUCUGGAAGUCCGAGGGGAAGUCGAAUUGGAUUUAGAUGAAGGUUUGAGUGGAUUAGGUUGGGAUGAAACAAGUGAAAGUAUACUGGAAGAUAAGGUAGUUCCAACAGAGCCCUCUCCCAGACACGGGAAACAUAGAAUAAGAAGUGUAUCUAGAUCGCCAGAGAGGAGGGAGAGAAGUGUCACUGCCAAACCUAGGUCGCCAUCACCACCAAGAAACCCAAGGCAUCCGCAAAGUCGUUUAUCGCCUAUAUCAAAUCCGUCCACCAGACGUACACCACCUCUCUCACGCUCCAUUCCUCCGACGAAGCGAUCAUCCCCUUCACCUCCUUUGCCAGCUUUACCUGAACCCGAUUUAUCCGCUUCUGAAAAUAGCGAAAUAGAUACAUACUCUUCUCGAAGAGCGGCAUUAUUUCGUUCCACUUCCCGAUCAGCUCCUACAUCAGCUUCCACAUCUCGAAACACUACCAAAAACUCUUCUGGAUCUUACGGGACCGCUACAGCUUAUCGAUCGAGACUGUCUCCUAGAGACACCGUGGAAGGAAACGAAGAUUCACCUUUAGUAGCUGGAAGUAGGAUAUUACCUAGACGGUCACCACAAAGUAGAUCAUCUCCCAAUCGCAGUACAUCUCCUGAACCUGCGAAUCCAGGAUCUGUCACUCCCGGUAAGCCUUAUCAAUCGCCUACUCAGCCUUCACCGCCUACCCGUCCAUAUUCAUCGACUAAACCCUCUCACGAACAAUCAACGGGAAAAGUGGAAACAAAUCUACGAUCACCUCGUAAUGUAGAAGAUAUGAUUAUACCAGCUCAACAACCUAUUAGAGUAGGCAUAUCCCUUACUUCCACUUCUAAUUCAAUCUCCACUCCGACGAAGUUACAAAACCCAAAUAUGAGUACAAUCCCAACACCAAAACCACCUGGAGCAUGGCAAUCUACUCCUAGAAAUAAAGUCCGUUUCAACCCAUCACCAUUGAGUAGAUCUCCCAUCAAGCCUGAUACUCCUUCGCAAGAAGGAGUGAGCGUCCAUCGAUUGAGGGUGUCUCCGAGGAGAUCACCGAAAGCCAAGGAUAAUGAUAAGGAGAAAAGCAAAGAUGAUAUUGGGGAUUCAAGCUUUCUUGGCAGACUAGCAGGAUCAAUAAGCUCUCCUCUGAAGAGAUCCAAACUAGCAAUACCUAUCCCGCCAAGAUCGACUACUUUUACCCUGCAUUCAAGCUCACUGGAAAAAGCGAGAUCCAUUACUUUGGCAGCUGAACAGAAUCUGAUGAUGAGUCAAAAACAAUGGUUGGAAGCUUUAGCAGCUAUCAAUGCCGCCACAGCAUCUGGGUCUGUUGGGGACGUAGUCAAAAAGGGAUGGGGAUGGAGUACGUGGUUGUUAUGGGCUUUAGUCGAAGUAUUGGUCAUAUGGAGUGUUUUCAGAGUAACGAUAGAUUACGCUACUUCCUUAAAUCACUUGUCGACAUUAGACCCGUUUCAUCCUCUCUCAUUGCCAUUUAGACAAUCUACAUCUUCGUCUUUCACAACGUGGGGUCAUGGACCGUUUGGACUGUCGAAUCCGAUAAAUCUCAAUAUACCGAUCCCGAGUGCAUUGCAAUCUCUUGUAGGACAUGGGCGCAAUGCGAAUUUCUUUGAUCUAGUGGAGAGUUGGAGCAUUUGGAAGAUAUCACAUCAAGGUGUGGUAGAAGGUAGAUUAGUCGCUGGAGUACCAAGUUGA